CCCUCUUUCUUUCGCUUUUCUCGUCUCCUGGUCGACGCGAACUGCCCGUGCCAUCCAACCUUCGUCAAACUCAAUGAGCAAAGCACCGCAGAGGCGGUGGGGACCCGUCCGGUCACUGCUCUGUUUGGCGCCUCUCUUCAUCCUUGCGCCCAUUUAUUCGUACCGAGCGCACUAUGCACUUCCGAAUCCGGUGGUAGACCUGGUCGACCCCGCGACUUCGCUCCCUCAAGCUUCUGAAGCUCGCAUCCUCGCGCACGCAAAGUACCUCUCUGAAGACAUUGGAUAUCGCACGGUCGGUACAAAGGAGCAUGCGUUAGGUGAUGCAUGGGUAUUGCAGCAAGCAGAAGCCCUACGCGCCGAAUGUGAGAGCAUAGUGCUCGCGCACCCAGAACGGAAAUUGGAGUGCGAAGUAUGGCAUCAGCAGGGCAGCGGGAGCCACAGGUUUGACAUGAUGGGUAGACGGCUGUACAAGACAUAUGUCAACCUGACCAACAUCAUUGUCCGCGUCUCGGACGGGACCGAAGAAGGGAAGGAACACGCUGUACUGGUGAACUCGCAUGUGGACAGCACAUUGCCUUCACCGGGUGCUGCGGACGACGGACUUUCGGUCGGCGUCAUGCUGGAGUCCAUUCGCGUUCUGGUCAACACGCCGGCUUGGGAACCCAAGCACGCUAUCGUAUUCUUGUUCAAUAAUGCAGAGGAAUCGCUGCAGGACGGUUCACAUCUAUUCUCCACACAACAUCCGGUUGCGAAGACUAUCCGUGCCGCCAUCAACCUCGAAGCUGCGGGGACGACUGGCCCCGAGAUUCUCUUCCAAGCAACAUCUGAACAGAUGAUCGAAGCAUAUUCGAAGGUUCCAAGACCUUAUGGUUCAGUAAUUGCUAAUGAGAUCUUCAGCUCUGGCAUAAUCUUAUCCGAUACCGACUUCCGGCAAUUUGAACUAUACCUUAACGUCAGCGGCCUAGAUAUGGCUGUUGUAGGCAACAGCUACCUGUACCAUAUGCGCAAGGACUUGGUAGAAAACAUAGAAACCGGCGUAGCUCAGCACAUGGCCGAAAACGUCCUCGCGCUGCUCUUGCACUUGACUGCCGAAGGCUCGCCCCUUCCUGAACUGGCGGGAGGCUACACUCGUCCUCACACAGUCUUCUAUGAGUACUUCGGUUUCUUCUUGGCCUACUCCUUCACCACCGCGAAGAUCCUGUACUCUACCUUCCUCGUCAUCGCCUUUGUUGUCGCCCGGGCUACUUACGUCGACCCUACACCUGCGUUGAAGAACGGCACCAGCUUCUUUGGCGAACAAAUCAAGGGCUUUGCCGCCGUGUCUGCGUCCUUCGUUGGCGCCGUGGUUGGCGCGAACGUCGUAGCAUUGCUCAUGGACAAGGUGCUCGGGAAGUCGUUCAGCUGGUUCUCUUCCGAAUUCGCGUGCGUUGUCCUGUAUGGACCCGCUGCGUUGACAGGCGCCCUUGUAUCCCAGCUGCUCGUUCCCCGCGUGCGCGAACAAACGGCUUUCACCUCGGUCAUGCUCAUGCAGUCGUUCCUGGCGACGGUCCUUCAACUCAUCGGCAUUGGCUCUGGCGGCACGCUCUUCUUGUCCUCGGCACCGUUCGCUGUCGCUCUGCUGGUCAAUGGGUUCCUCACGAAGCGCGGCGACGACAUCUCACUCUGGAGUUACGCAAUUGGACUGCUCAGCCCUCUUGUCAUCGGGACGACACUCUUCUGCGGCGUUCUCGAGGUCUUCGUCCCCCUAACUGGCCGUAUCGGCGAGGAGGCCCCUGCGGAACACAUCAUCGCGAUCAUUGUCUCUGCCACCGGAUCGUUUACGCUCUCGCUAACAGUGCCAUUCAUGAGCCGGUUCAGCCAUCGCACGCUCGUGCGCUCGGUAACCCUCCUCACGAUGAUCACCGGCCUAACCAUGGCCGUCUUCUCCAUGCGGUCGCCCUUCGACUCCAUGCACCAGAAGCGCCUGUUUGUCAUCCACAUGGAGAACAUUACGAGCGAAGAGCAGCAUCUGCACAUCGCCGCUGCCGAUGGCGCACCGGGAUUCCACAGCCUCGCAGCGGACAUCGCUAAAGCAUUCAGCACGCCUGACGUCACGCCGACUUCCGUGGUCAUGAACGACUGGAACAGUGACUGGGACACUGUCUACCCCUUUUCGGCGUUCUUGACGCCCUAUAAGUUCGACUUGCCGCUGCGCGCGGAGCACCAGAACCCGAUCGACCACGACUUCACCGUCACAGCGAUUAACAACAAGGUUGACGAAGUCGCGGGCACCCGGAGCUUCACGCUUGUCGUCAACCACCCAGCCAUCAUCUGGACAUCCAUCGCGUUCGACGCGCACGUCAUCGAGUGGACGCUCGACAACAACCCGCCCGAUGAGUUCGCGCGCCACCACAUCAAAGAAGGCUCGUUCUACGGGUACGACACGUGGACGGUUGACCUCGUCACGAAGCUGCGGCCGGACGCCGCAGGCGCGCCCGCGGACGGCAGCGUGAAGGUGAACUUCGUCGGCAUCCACGAGAAGGCGAUGUGGCCGGGGAAGAAGGCAGAGAAGGCGCUUGGCGGGCGCGCAAUGGCGCUGUUCGAGGAGUUCGACGGCUGGCUCGAGCGGGAGACGGGCGGGACUGUGGACGCGAUGUUCCUUGGCUGUGUUGCUGGCGUCGCUGUCAUCUAGAGUAGUAUUGUAUCGCGGAUUGUGCAAUUGGUUCAAUCUAUAGUAG